UGGAAGCACUUCGCGAAGUGACUAGAUGUAAUUUGUUGUAUGACUGCAAAAAUAGGAUAUGGAUUUUGCUUUGCAGGAUCCGUUUCCAUGCAUAACAACCUUCUUCGGAAGAAAAUCGCACUCUUGAUCGUCUGCGACAGUGCUACUUUUCUCAUAGGAUACCGAACCACCGUGAAAACGGUUGAAGACCUGGCUGCGCCCGAAAUGUUAGCGGACUUCUUCGGCGAAGAUGAUCUUAUUCCUCCGGUAUCCCUUGUGCGUUGGAUUGUCGUCCGCGAUGCCGCGGAGCAAACCAGCGAAAUUUCGGAGCCGGACACUGGCGAAGAAGAGUUUGCUCCUCCGUCGGAUGACGGAACCUCGAUGGUAAUGAGCAGCGAAGAGCAAGGAGUAAAGCAAGAAGAAAAGGUUGCCGAAGAGGAGAAGCAAUCUGCGUCGAAAGAGGAUGCGUUUCUGGACCCUGCGACGGAAGUGAACUUUGAAGAUCCGAACAUGACGUACCAGUUUGUGAUCGUGGCCAGCGGUUUCAAAAUUGAGAACGAGGAGACGAGGAUCGUGCUGAAGUGGGCGAGUCGCAUUGGCAAAGUGGUGGAGCCGUUGGAAACGGUGGAGAUGGCGCGCGCUUUUAUUUACGACCGCGUCUACCUGCAAGUUCCGAAGGACUUGCGGGCUCGUGCGCUGGUUCAUUUUUUUCCUGUGAAUUCUGUCGCCGCCGGAGAAGACUGGCCAGCGCUAUGGGACCUCGAGCACGCCGGGCAAAGGAAUUUGCUGCAAGCAAUCUUACAGCUUCCUUCCACAGAAUGGAAAAAACACGAACAGCAGAGCAAUGGGCAGGUGUUCACUGUGUCCCUGCGGGAGCACUUUGGCUUCGAAAUCACAAUACAGGCUGUGCUUUCUGGAAUGAUGAGCCCCUCGGACGACUAUCUUGCAGGGAUGAACUAUCGUCCGGUUAAACCAGGACUACUGCGACUGGUGAAAGAGGGCCUCAAGACGGCAAAAGGAGGGGGCCAGAUGGAUCCGGUCAAAGUAGGUAUGCUGAUUCGUGUGCAUGAAAGUCAUCCUAAUUACGAACCGACUUAUCAUCCGGGUUUCGUAGAGGAAUGCAGGAAAUUGCUUUUGUCGUUCUUUGAAGGGCAAGGCGACGUGGAUUCGCUCCUCUUUACAGAAGCAUUGCAAGGUCACAAAGGCGUCGACGGCAAAGGAAAUUAGUGGUGGCACGCCAGAGCGACUAAGGACACUUGCAAGAAGUGGUGGCGCAGCCCGCAUAGCAAGGAUUACGUACGGGAUGACGGUGAAGGGAAAGGUUGGGGCAAAGGCUAUUGCGGUGGGUUAUUCAACAAGGGAUACUAUUAUUGCGGAGACCACAGCGGCACGGGUAAAGGCAGCGAAGGAACCGAAGGAAAAAAUUAAGUACGGCAAGUAGAAAAAGAUCGUUUCUUGACAGCACGCAACACUUGGCUAGCAGCAAAAUUACGAAACUAAUCCUGUGCAUUAGAGAAAAGUAUUUACUGACUAGACUUGGUCAACAACGAACAAGGACAAGCGACAAGACAUCGACCGAUUCCAGCGCAUAUCCAUUCCCAUUCUUGACCAAUCAAAUUUGCUAAAAGACUACUCUCUGCCAGUG